GCUGAUGCAUCAGAUGAAUGCUGCUUUUGCCCAGCGUUUCUCAGGAGGGAGGACAGUUGGAGAGGCUUUGCUGCUAAGGAAAUUAUUUAAAUAUUGCUGGUUUGAGAGGAAAAAUACAUAAAGAAAAGAGGCACAGAAGCAAACAAUCCUUAAAGGCCAAUGGUGGGAAGACAGAAGUUAACUUCAUUAACUUAAGCGAGUAGGGGGAAAAACACUCUGCAAAGAUGGAAGAAGAAGAAUAUGAGGAGGUUGUGGAGUACUACAUUGAAGAGGAGGUCAUUGAGGGUGAACCGGGAGAGAUAAUUACGGAGAUCACGGAGACAACAUACACCACUGGAUCUGGUCCUCACACGGUAACCACUACAAAGCAUACUACUGAAACCAUGGACACUGCUCACAAGGCCUCUCCUCCUGUCAGAAAAAAGGUUGUACGGAAAAAAGUGGACACGUCAAAGUUUAUGACACCUUACCUGGAUCACAGUUCGAAAAUGCAAAAGCUCUUCAGUGACAACAAGUACAAAGAGAAGUUUGAGAAGGAGAGAGGGAAGCCAUAUGCAAUCACAAGUGACACCCCUGAACUUCGAAGAAUCAAGAAAGCCCAGGACCAGCUCAGUGAGGUUAAAUAUCGCAUGGCUGGUGAAGCGGCAAAGACUAACUGUCACGUGGAUGGACAAGCAAGAGACAUAGAACACGCAAAGAAGGUCUCCCAGCAAGUUAGCAAGGUGUUAUACAAACAGAACUGGGAAGAGAAUAAGGAAAAGUACCUGCUCCCCCCUGAUGCUCCCGAGUUUGUGCAGGCUGUAAAAGCUUCCGAAAUGUACAGCAAGAAACGAUACACCGAAGACUGGGAAGCGGACAAAGCAUUAUUCUACCCUUAUGACGACAGCCCCGAACUAAGGAGAGUAGCACAGGCGCAAAAGUCCCUCAGUGAUAUUGUCUACAAAAAGGGGCACGAUGAACGCAAAGCUAAAUACACUUCUCUGCCAGACCCACCUGAUGUGGAGCUUGCCAGGAAAGUGACCCGACAGCUCAGUGAUCGCAACUAUCAUGAAGACUAUGACAAGAAGAUCAGGGGCAAAUGGAGCCAAACUCCAUGCUAUGAUGUUGCAGUUGCCAGAAUGAAUGCUGAUAAUUUGAGCCCGAGAAAAUACCAAGAAGACUGGGAGAAUCAGAAAGACCAAAUCUACUUUAUGCAGACUGAAACACCAGAGUAUGCAGUUAAUAAGAAAGCUGGAAUUGCUGCCAGUAAGAUAAAAUACAAAGAAGAUUACGAAAAAUCCAAGGCUUCUACAGAUUAUAAUGUGCUUCCAGCUACAGAGAACCCACUGCUUAAACAUCUGAAAGCUGCUGGAAAUCUUGUGAAUGAUAGGUUAUAUAAAGAAGCAUAUGAAAAAGCGAAAGGAACCAGCAUUAAUUACUGUGACACUCCCAAAUAUCAGAUCGACAACGUUCUGAAAAACUUCAGCGAUGUUAAAUAUAAAGAGGGAUAUCAGCAGAAUAUCUUGGGCCGCUACAUAGGCACCUUUGAGGACCCAUAUCAAACACACUGCAUGAAAGUUGCAGCCAUGAAGAGUGAUAAAAACUACAAAGCCGACUAUGAAGAGGACAAGGGAAAGGGCUACUUCCCUCAGACCAUAACUCAAGAAUAUGAAGCCAUGAAGAAGUUAGACCAGUGCAAAGAUCAUACCUACAAAAAGCAUCCUGAUAAGCUCAAAUUUACACAAGUGACAGAUUCUCCUGUUCAGACACAAGCGCAGAUCAAUUCCAAGCAGCUGAGUGAUCUGAACUACAAAGCCAAACAUGAGAGUGAGAAAUUCAAAUGUUCCAUCCCUCCGGACGCCCCCUUGUUCCUCCAGUCCAGAGUCAAUGCAUAUAACAUCAGUGAUACUUGCUAUAAGUACGACUGGGAGACAUCGAAAGAUAAGAAAUUUGAGAUCAAGUUUGAUGCCAUUCCAAUUCUAGCCGCCAAAGCCAAUCGAAAAAAUGCCAGCGAUGUGGAAUAUAAGAAAGCUUAUGAACAGAGCAGAGGGAAGAUGGUUGGAGCUCUGAGCAUCGAGGACGAUCCCAAGUUGCUACAUUCUCAAAAAGUAGCCAAACUGCAAAGCGAUAGACUAUAUAAGGAAGCAUAUGAAAAAGCUAAGGGAACAAGUAUCAACUACUGCGAUACCCCGAAGUAUCAACUUGACAAUGUGCUGAAAGGCUUCAGCGAUGUUAAAUAUAAAGAGGGAUAUCAGCAGAAUAUCUUGGGCCGCUACAUAGGCACCUUUGAGGACCCGUACCAAUCACACUGCAUGAAGGUUGCAGCCAUGAAGAGUGAUAAAAACUACAAAGCCGACUAUGAAGAGGACAAGGGAAAGGGCUACUUCCCUCAGACCAUAACUCAAGAAUAUGAAGCCAUGAAGAAGUUAGACCAGUGCAAAGACUAUGCCUACAAAAAACAUCCCGAUAAGCUCAAAUUUACACAAGUGGCAGAUUCACUCGUGAUGGUACAAGCACAGAUUAAUUCCAAGCAGCUGAGCGAUCUGAACUACAAAGCCAAACAUGAGAGUGAGAAAUUCAAAUGUUCCAUCCCUCCGGACGCCCCCUUGUUCCUCCAGUCCAGAGUCAAUGCAUAUAACAUCAGUGAUACUUGCUAUAAGUAUGAUUGGGACACAUCAAAAGAUAAGAAAUUUGAGAUCAAGUUUGAUGCCAUUCCUAUUCUUGCUGCCAAAGCCAAUCGAAAAAUUGCAAGUGAUGUGGAAUAUAAGAAAGCUUAUGAACAGAGCAGAGGGAAGAUGGUUGGAGCUCUGAGCAUCGAGGAUGAUCCUAAAAUGCUACAUUCUCAGAAAGUGGCCAAACAGCAGAGCGAUCGUGAAUACAGAAAAGGUUACGAAGAGUCAAAGACCAAGUACACAGCGCCGUUGGACAUGAUCCCAGUAGUACAAGCAAAGAAAGCACAGGCAAUUGUCAGCAACACAGACUACAAGCGUCUCAUCCAUAAUUACUGCUAUCCCCCCGACAGUAUUCCUGUGGAACUUGCCAAGAAAGCCAAUUCUAUACAGAGUGAUAAUGAAUACAGAGCUGACUACAACAGUGAUAUGAAAGGCUGUGGCUGGAUACCACUUGGGUCCCUAGAUGCUGAAAAAGCCAAGAGAGCUUCCAAUAUUAUCAGUGAGAGAAAAUAUCGUCAGCAUCCAGACACUAUUAAGUUUACACAAAUUGAAGAUGACCCUGUUGUAGUACAGGCUAAAAUCAACCAAGCUCAAAGGAGUGAUGUAAUUUAUAAAGCCAAAAAUGAAGAUGUAAUUCAUAAAUAUCACCUUCCGGCAGAUGCUCCCCAGUUUCUCCAGGCAAGGGUUAAUUCCUACAAUCUCAGCGACAACUGCUACAAACUGGGGUUGGAAGAUCUGAAAUCGAAGGGAUAUGACCUAAGAAUUGAUGCUAUUCCCAUUAGAGCUGCCAAGGCUGCUAGACAUGCGGCCAGUGAUUACCAGUACAAAAAGGAUUAUGAACUUGGCAAGGGUAAACUGGUUGGCUUCCAGAGUCUCCAAGAUGACCCCAAGCUGGUCCAUUAUGUGAACGUUGCCAAGAUGCAGUCGGACCGGGAGUACAAGAAAGCUUACGAGGAGAGCAAAACCAAAUACAACACUCCGCUGGAUAUGGUCAACGUUGUCGCUGCCAAGAAAGCCCAGGACAUUGCUAGCAAUACAAAUUACAAACACUUGGUGCACCAUUACACAAUGUUGCCUGAUGAUAUGACCGUGGAACGGUCCAAAAACAUGAUGCAGAUUCAGAGUGAUAAUCUUUACAAGGCGGACUUUAACAGCUGGAUGAAAGGUAUCGGGUGGAUCCCAAUUGGUUCAAUGGAUGUAGAGAAAGUUAGAAAAGCGGGAGAUGCUUUGAAUGAGAAGAAGUACCGCCAGCACCCGGACACGCUCAAGUUCACCAGCAUAGUAGACUCGCCUGUCAUGGUCCAGGCUAAGCAGAACGCACUGCAGCUCAGUGAUAGACUAUACAAAACUUCCGGAGAAGAAAUCAAGCACAAAUACCACUUGCCUUCGGAUGCCCCUCAGUUCAUCCAGGCUAAAUACAACGCAGCCAACAUCAGUGAUAGCUAUUAUAAACAUGGCUAUCAUGAGCUGAUAGCCAAAGGACACAACGUAUUGGGUGAUUCUAUUCCAAUUACUCUGGCCAAGGCGUCAAGAAACAUUGCUAGUGAUUACAAAUACAAAGAAGCCUAUGAAAAAGCAAGAGGAAAACAUGUUGGUUUCAGAAGCCUGCAAGAUGACCCUAAGCUUGUCCAUUCUAUGCACGUGGCAAAAAUGCAGUCUGAACGGGAGUAUAAGAAAGACUAUGAGAAGAGCAAGACUUGCUAUCACACACCUGUGGAGAUGGUCAGCAUCCAAGCUGCCAAGCAGGCUCAGGAUGUAGCCUCUAAUACUCACUACAAACACCUGCUCCAUCGUUAUACCUACCUGCCAGAUGCCAUGAAUGUUGAACUGACAAGGAACAUGAUGCAAAUUCAGAGUGAUAACAUUUACAAGCAAGACUAUAACAGCUGGUUCAAAGGAAUUGGGUGGAGUCCUCUAGGUUCUCUGGAGGUAGAAAAAGUUAGAAAGGCUGGAGACGCAUUAAAUGAAAGGAAGUACCGCCAGCCCCCAGACAAAUUCAAGUUCACAAGCUUAAUGGAUGCAAUGCCAAUGGUUUUGGCGCAACACAACACCAAACAGCGAAGUGAUAUAACGUACAAGCUGGAAGGUGAGAAAGUUAAGCACAACUACCACUUGGAUCCAUAUGUUCCUGAGUUUAUUCAAGCAAAAGUCAAUGCCUACAAUAUAAGUGAUCAUUCUUACAAAGCGGACUAUAAGAAGUUAAUUGCCAAAGGGUAUGAUCUGAAGCCAGAUGCCAUUCCUAUCAUUGCUGCAAAAGCUUCACGAAACAUUGCCAGUGACUACAAGUACAAGGAAUCAUAUGAGAAAGAUAAAGGAAAGCAAGUUGGCUUCCGCAGCCUGCAAGACGAUCCUAAAUUGGUCCAUUAUAUGAAUGUGGCCAAACUUCAGUCAGAACGUGAAUACAAGAAGGACUACGAAAGCAGCAAGACCAAGUAUAACUUGCCCAUGGACAUGUUCAGUGUGAUAGCUGCUAAAAAGGCCCAGGAAGUGAUCACUGACACAAACUAUAGAACAUCUCUGCAUAAUUAUACCCUUUUGCCCGAUAACAUCAGUGUGGAACGGUCAAGAAAUAUGAUGCAGAUUCAGAGUGAUAAUCUUUACAAAGCAGAUUUCAACAGCUGGCUGAGAGGAGUAGGCUGGGUGCCGAUCCAGUCUCUGGAAGUGGAGAAGGCAAAGAAGGCCUCCGAAAUCAUUAGCGAAAAGAAAUACCGUCAGCACCCAGACAAGCUGAAAUACACUAUUGACAUGACUGCUAUGGAGCAAGUCCUGGCAAAACAAAAUGCUGUUACGAUGAACAAGAGACUGUACAAUGAAAAAUGGAACAAAGAGAAGGCAGAAAUUCACGUGAUGCCCGACACGCCAGAGAUAAUCUUGUCCAAGUUCAACCAAGUCACCAUGAGCGAUAAACUAUACAGGGCUGGCUGGGAAGAAGACAAAAAGAAAGGCUAUGAUUUGAGGCCAGAUGCUAUCUCAAUAAAAGCAGCCAAAGCUUCAAGGGAUAUUGCAAGUGAUUACAAAUACAAACUAGCCUUUGAGCAAGCCAAAGGGAAACACAUUGGAUUCCGUAGUCUGGAAGACGACCCUAAACUGGUGCACUUCAUGCAAGUUGCUAAGAUGCAGUCGGAGCGUGAAUACAAGAAGGACUAUGAGAAGUCAAAGACCCGGUUCCACACCCCAGUUGACAUGUUCAGUGUGGUGGCAGCCAAGAAAGCACAGGAAGUGGCAACGGAUACAAACUACAGGAAUAUUAUCCACACGUAUAAUGUUUUGCCUGAUUCUAUGAACCUGGAACUGGCCAAAAACAUGAUGCAGAUUCAGAGUAAUAACCAGUACAAAGCGGACUACGAUGAAUUCAUGAAGGGGGUUGGAUGGGUUCCAUUGGGAUCUUUAGAAGCCGAGAAGAACAAGAAAGCCAUGGAGAUCGUCAGUGAGAAGAAAUACAGGCAGCAUCCAGACAAACUCAAGUAUUCUAUCAAGAUGGAUUCUAUGCCCAUGGUCCUGGCUACACAAAACGCAAAGACCAUGGACGGGCACCUUUACAAAAAGGACUGGGAAGCAGACAAGAUCAAGAUUAACAUCACUCCAGAUAUCCCUGAGCUUGUUUUGGCAAAAGUCAAUGCAUUCAACAUCAGCAAUAAAAUGUACAGACUUUCCAUGGAAGAAGAUAAGAAGAAGGGAUAUGAUCUGAGGGCUGAUGCAAUCCCCAUUAAAGCUGCUAAGGCUUCCCGAGACAUUGCCAGUGAUUACAAAUACAAACUGGGAUAUGAAAUGGAUAAGGGCAAACUUGUUGGCUUCCGCAGCCUCCAAGAUGACCCAAAGCUUGUUCAUUACAUGCAAGUAGCUAAGAUGCAGUCGGAUCGCGAGUACAAGAAAGCCUACGAAACCAGCAAGACCAAGUACAACACCCCGGCCGAUACUUUCAGCGUCAUGGCUGCCAAGGAAGCUCAAGCAAAUAUCACCAACACCAACUACAAAAGGCUCAUCCACAAAUAUAUCCUCCUGCCAGAUGCCAUUAAUGUAGAACUGGCAAGAAACAUGAACCGGAUUCAAAGCAAUCAUGAAUACAAACAAGAUUACAACGAAUGGUACAAAGGACUUGGUUGGAGUCCUGCUGGGUCACUGGAUAUUGAAAAGAGUAAGAAAGCCACUGAAAUUGCAAGUGAUUCGAAGUACCGCCAGCAUCCAAGCCUUUUCCCAUUUAAGAAGCUGAUGGACUCAAUGGACAUGGAACUUGCGAAACACAAUGCUGGUGUUAUGAAUAAGCAUUCAUAUAUAGAUGCGUGGGAGAAGGAUAAGACGAAGAUUCACGUGAUGCCAGAUACACCCGACAUUAUGCAGGCCAAAGCAAACAAGUACAAUUACAGCCAGAAACUGUACAAACUUGGAUGGGAAGAAUUGUUGAAGAAAGGUUAUGACCUCACCGCUGAAGCAAUCUCAGUGAAAUCUGCAAAAGCAUCAAGGGACAUCGCUAGUGAUUACAAGUACAAAGAAGGUUACCGCAAGCAACAGGGGCAUCACAUUGGAGCACGCAGCAUACAGGACGACCCCAAACUUGUGCAUUCUAUGAAUGUAGCCAAGAUACAGAGUGAGAGGGAAUACAAGAAAGACUUUGAGAAAUGGAAGACCAAGUAUAUCAGCCCUGUGGAUAUGCUGGAGGUCUUGCACGCUAAGAAUUGUCAGAAACUGGUCAGCGAUAUCGAUUACCGUCAUUUUCUGCACCAAUGGACAUGUCUCCCGGACCAAAAUGAUGUCAUCCAUGCUAAGAAAGUAUAUGAAUUACAAAGCGAUAAUGCAUACAAAACAGAUCUUGAGUGGCUGAAAGGCAUUGGGUGGAACUCAUACGGAUCUCUAGAAUCGGAAAAGAACAAGAAGGCUUCUGAGAUUCUGAGUGAAAAGAAAUAUCGCCAGCCUCCAGACACCGUUAAAUUCACAAGUAUCCCUGAUUCAAUGGAGGUGGUUUUGGCAAAGGAAAAUGCCAAGCAUAGGAGCGAUAAACGUUAUAGAGAAGCAUGGGAUAAGGACAAGACUCAGAUCCACAUCAUGCCUGACACUCCCGAAAUUAUCCUGUCCCGAGCCAACUUAAUUAACACGAGCGAUAAACUCUACAAGUUAGGAUUUGAAGAAUUGAUAAGGAAAGGCUAUGACCUUCCACUCGAUGCCAUACCAAUCAAGGCUGCGAAAGCAUCUCGAGAUAUUGCCAGUGAAUACAAGUACAAAGUUGGAUAUCGCAAGCAGCUUGGCCACCAUGUUGGAGCACGCAGCAUACAGGAUGACCCGAAACUUGUGCAUUCUAUGAAUGUAGCCAAGAUGCAGAGCGAAAGAGAAUAUAAGAAAGACUUUGAAAAAUCAAAGACCAGGUAUACCAGCCCUGUGGAUAUGCUUGGAGUCUUACUGGCAAAGAAUUGCCAGAAGCUGGUCAGCGAUGUCGAUUACCGUCAUUAUCUGCACCAGUGGACAUGCCUGCCAGAUCAGAAUGAUGUUGUGCAUGCCAGGAAAACAUAUGAACUUCAGAGUGAUAAUAUGUAUAAAGCAGAUCUUGAAUGGCUAAAGGGCAUUGGCUGGACUCCAAGUGGUUCCUUGGAAGCUGAGAAGAAUAAGAGAGCCUCUCAGAUCUUGAGUGACUACCUCUACAGACAGCAUCCCGACAAAUUCAAAUUCACAAGUCCCAUUGAUUCUAUGCCUAUGGCUUUGGCAAAGCAUAAUUCUGAAGUUAUGGACCAUCGCAAGUAUAUAGAUGCAUGGAACAAGGAUAAAACCACCAUUCAUAUCAUGCCAGAUACUCCUGAAAUUAUACUGUCGCAGCAGAACAAGAUCAACUAUAGUGAUAAAUUAUACAAACUUUCAUUAGAAGAGGCCAGGAGAAAGGGUUAUGAUCUUCGUGUAGAUGCAAUUCCAAUCAAGGCUGCUAAAGCUUCAAGAGAUAUUGCAAGUGAGUACAAAUACAAAGAAGGCUACCGCAAGCAAGUUGGCCACCACAUUGGAGCACGCAGUGUGCAAGACGACCCAAAACUUGUGCAUUCUAUUAAUGUAGCCAAAAUGCAGAGUGAGAGGGAGUAUAAGAAAGACUUUGAGAAUUGGAAGACCAAAUAUACCACCCCUGUGGAUAUGCUGGAGGUCUUGCACGCUAAGAAUUGCCAGAAACUGGUCAGUGAUGUCGAUUACCGUCAUUAUUUGCACCAGUGGACGUGCCUGCCAGAUCAGAAUGAUGUUGUGCAUGCCAGGAAAACAUACGAACUUCAGAGCGAUAAUAUGUAUAAAGCAGAUCUUGAAUGGCUAAAGGGCAUUGGCUGGACUCCAAGUGGUUCCUUGGAAGCUGAGAAGAAUAAGAGAGCCUCCCAGAUCUUGAGUGACUACAUUUACAGACAGCAUCCUGACAAAUUCAAAUUCACAAGUCCCAUUGAUUCUAUGCCUAUGGCUUUGGCAAAGCAUAAUUCUGAAGUUAUGGACCAUCGCAAGUAUAUUGAUGCAUGGAACAAGGAUAAAACCACCAUUCACAUUAUGCCAGAUACUCCUGAAAUUAUACUGUCGCAGCAGAACAAGAUCAACUAUAGUGAUAAAUUAUACAAACUUUCAUUGGAAGAGGCCAGGAGAAAGGGUUAUGAUCUUCGGGUAGAUGCAAUUCCAAUCAAGGCUGCUAAAGCUUCAAGAGACAUUGCAAGCGAAUACAAAUACAAAGAAGGCUAUCGCAAGCAGCUUGGCCACCAUAUUGGAGCUCGAAGUGUGCAAGAUGACCCGAAACUUGUGCAUUCUAUGAAUGUAGCCAAAAUGCAGAGUGAGAGGGAGUAUAAGAAGGACUUUGAGAAAUGGAAGACUAAGUAUAUUAGCCCUGUGGACAUGUUGGAAGUGUUGCAUGCUAAGAAUUGCCAGAAGUUGGUCAGUGAUAUCGAUUACCGUCAUUAUCUGCACCAGUGGACCUGCCUUCCAGAUCAGAAUGACGUCAUCCAAGCUAGAAAGGCCUAUGAUCUCCAGAGUGAUAAUGCCUACAAAGCAGACCUUGAGUGGAUGAAAGGCAUUGGCUGGGUCCCUAUUGGUUCACUGGAUGUGGAAAAAGCCAAGAAGGCUGGAGAGAUCCUAAGUGAAAAGCAGUAUCGUCAGCCACCAGACAAAUUCAAAUUCACCAGUGUGACAGAUUCUCUUGAAAUGGAGUUGGCCAAGCAUAAUGCAGAAACAAUGAACAAGCGUUUGUAUACGGAAGCUUGGGAUAAAGACAAGGUUACGAUCCACGUGAUGCCUGAUACACCUGAAAUCAUGCUGUCAAAAUUCAACAAGCUAAACUAUAGUCAGAAAUUAUACAGACUUGCUAUGGAGGAGGCAAAGAAGGAUGGCUAUGACUUACGUUUGGAUGCUAUCCCAAUUCAAGCUGCCAAGGCUUCCAGAAAUAUUGCCAGUGAUUACAAAUACAAAGAAGGCUAUCGCAAGCAGCUUGGCCACCAUAUUGGAGCUCGAAGUGUGCAAGAUGACCCGAAACUUGUGCAUUCUAUGAAUGUAGCCAAAAUGCAGAGUGAGAGGGAGUAUAAGAAGGACUUUGAGAAAUGGAAGACUAAGUAUAUUAGCCCUGUGGACAUGUUGGAAGUGUUGCACGCUAAGAAUUGCCAGAAGUUGGUCAGUGAUAUCGAUUACCGUCAUUAUCUGCACCAGUGGACCUGCCUUCCAGAUCAGAAUGAUGUCAUCCAAGCGAGAAAGGCCUAUGAUCUCCAGAGUGAUGUGCUUUACAAAUCAGAUAUGGAAUGGCUGAAAGGUGUUGGUUGGAUUCCUUCUGGCUCUUUGGAAGUUGAGAAAGUAAAGAGAGCUGGAGAAAUCCUAAGUGACAGGAAGUACCGACAGCCACCUGAUAAGUUCAAGUUUACCAGUGUCACAGAUUCUUUGGAGAUGGAGUUGGCAAAACAUAACGCCGAGACGAUGAACAAGAGAUUAUACACUGAAGCCUGGAAUGUUGAUAAAACAAACAUUCAUGUCAUGCCAGAUACCCCAGAGAUUAUGCUGGCAAAGGCAAACUCAGCCAACAUUAGCCAUAGACUUUAUAUCGAGGGAUGGGAAGAGGCGAAGCAGAAAGGAUAUGACUUGAGAGCUGAUGCAAUUCCAAUCAGAUCUGCAAAGGCAUCAAGGGACAUAGCUAGUGAUUUUAAAUACAAAGAAGCAUAUGAGAAGCAGAGAGGGCACUAUAUCGGGUUCCGAAACCUUCAAGAUGAUCCCAAGAUGGUGUUGGCUAUGCAUGUAGCUAAAAUGCAGAGCGAUCGGGAGUACAAGAAAGUAUUUAAUCAACUGAAGACGAAGAUCCAUAGUCCGGUUGACAUGCUAUCAGUCCUGUUGGCUAAGAAUUGUCAGAAGCUUGUUAGUGACAUUGAUUACCGCCACUACCUGCAUGAAUGGACCUGCCUGCCUGACCAGAAUGACGUCAUUCAGGCUAAGAAAGUGUAUGACAUACAGAGUGAUAACGUCUACAAGCAAGACCUAGAAUGGCUGCGUGGUAUUGGUUGGAUUCCAGAAGGUUCUUUGGAAGUCUUAAAAGUGAAGAAGGCCCAGGAGAUCCUGAAUGACAGACUGUACCGUCAACGACCAGACUCUGUGAAAUUCACCGCUAUUGUUGAUUCUCCAGAAAUUGUCUUGGCAAAGGCCAAUGCUCUGCUUCAGAGCAAUGCAUUAUAUCGUGAACUCUGGGAUAAAGAAAAGACACAGUUUACUCUUCCAGCUGAUACUCCUGAGAUGGUUCUGUCCAAAAUGAAUGCUCUGAACGUCAGCAAAAAACAUUAUGAAGCAGGGUGGGAAGAAGCCAAGAAAAAAGGUUAUGACUUAAGAGUGGAUGCCAUUGCAAUUCAGCAUGCCAAGGCUUCGAGAAACAUUGCCAGUGAGUACAAGUACAAAGAAGCUCAUGAGAAACAGAAAGGCCACUAUGUUGGAUGCCCUUCAGUGAAGGAGGACCCUAAACUUUCAUUUGCUGCCAAAGUAUUGAAGAUGCAGAAUGACCGGUUGUAUAAGCAAGCUUAUAACAAAUCCAAAGCCAAUAUUACUAUACCGGUGGACAUGAUGUCUGUUCAAGCAGCCAAGCUAUGCCAGUCUUUAGUAAGUGAGGUGGAUUAUCGGCAACAUCUGCACCAGUGGUCUUGUCUGCCCGACCAGAAUGAUGUGAUCCAGGCAAGGAAGGCCUACGAACUACAGAGCGAUGCUGUGUAUAAAUCAGAUCUGGAAUGGCUCCGGGGGGUUGGAUGGAUCCCCAAUGAAUCUCCAGAAGUGAAGAAGGUGAAAUAUGCGCAGGAAAUUCUGAGUGACAACAUUUAUCGCACUCCUCGGGAUCGUUUGAAAUUUACCCACAUCGUUGACACUCCUGAAGUUGUGCUUGCCAAAACCAACGCUGAGCAACUGAGUCUUGCUAAAUACAGAGAAGCGUGGGAUAAAGAUAAAACUACGAUCCAUGUGAUGCCAGACACACCAGAAAUCAUGCUGUCCAGGGCUAAUGCUAUCAAUGUGAGCAAUAAACUUUAUAGGGAAUCAUGGGAUGACAUGAAGAAAAAUAUUGACCUGAGAGCAGAUGCAGUCCCAAUCAAAACAGCCAGAGCCUCAAGAGAAAUUGCCAGUGAUUACAAAUACAAGGAAGGCUACCGUAAGCAACUUGGACACCAUGUGGGAUGCCGAGACAUUAACGACGAUCCCAAGAUGGUAUUGGCUAUGCACGUAGCUAAAAUGCAGAGUGACCGUGAGUACAAGAAAGUAUAUCAUCAAUUGAAGACAAAGAUCCACAGCCCUGUUGACAUGCUGUCCGUCUUGCUGGCCAAGAACUGUCAGAAGCUUGUUAGUGACAUUGAUUACCGCCACUACUUGCAUGAAUGGACCUGCCUGCCAGACCAGAAUGAUGUCAUCCAAGCCAGGAAAGCGUAUGAAUUACAGAGCGAUAACGCCUACAAACAAGACCUAGAAUGGCUGCGUGGUAUUGGCUGGAUGCCAGAGGGCUCUGUGGAAGUGCUCAAAGUGAAGCACGCCCAAGAUAUCCUGAAUGACAGAUUGUAUAAGCAACGUCCAGAUGCACUGAAAUUUACAAGUAUUGCUGACCCACCACCCGUUGUCCUGGCUAAGAUCAAUGCCCAACAAGUCAGUGAGAAUCUGUAUCGUGAAGCCUGGGAUAAAGAGAAGACUCAGUUCCAUCUUCCUUCAGACACCCCUGGGAUGCUGCAGUCCAAGAUUAAUGCUCUGAAUAUCAGCAAUAAACAUUACACUGGAGCCUGGGACGAGGCCAAAGCAAAAGGAUACGACAUAAGAGGUGAUGCUAUUUCAGUCAAGCAUGCCAAAGCCUCCAGAGAAAUUGCCAGUGAGUACAAGUACAAAGAAGCUCAUGAGAAACAGAAGGGCCACUACAUUGGAUGCCCUUCAGUGAAGGAGGACCCUAAACUUUCAUUUGCUGCCAAAGUAUUGAAGAUGCAGAAUGACCGGUUGUAUAAGCAAGCUUACAACAAAUCCAAAGCCAAUAUUACUAUACCGGUGGACAUGAUGUCUGUCCAAGCAGCCAAGCUAUGCCAGUCUUUAGUAAGUGAGGUGGACUAUCGUCAACAUCUGCACCAGUGGUCUUGUCUGCCCGACCAGAAUGAUGUGAUCCAGGCAAGGAAGGCCUACGAACUACAGAGCGAUGCUGUGUAUAAAUCAGAUCUGGAGUGGCUCCGGGGGGUUGGAUGGAUCCCACAUGAGUCUCCAGAAGUGAAGAAGGUGAAAUAUGCGCAGGAAAUUCUGAGUGACAACGUUUAUCGCACUCCUCGGGAUCGUUUGAAAUUUACCAACAUCGUUGACACGCCUGAAGUUGUCCUUGCCAAAACCAACGCUGAGCAACUGAGUCUUGCAAAAUACAGAGAAGCUUGGGAUAAAGAUAAAGUUAUGAUCCAUGUGAUGCCAGACACACCAGAAAUUGUGCUUUCCAGGGCUAAUGCUAUCAAUGUGAGCCAUAAACUUUAUAGGGAAUCUUGGGAUGACAUGAAGAAAUAUAUUGACCUGAGAGCAGAUGCAGUCCCAAUCAAAACAGCCAAAGCCUCAAGAGAAAUUGCCAGUGAUUACAAAUACAAGGAAGGCUACCGUAAGCAACUUGGACACCAUGUGGGAUGCCGAGACGUUAACGACGAUCCCAAGAUGGUACUGGCUAUGCACGUAGCUAAAAUGCAGAGUGAGCGGGAGUACAAGAAAGUAUAUAAUCAAUUGAAGACGAAGAUCCACAGCCCUGUUGACAUGCUGUCCGUCUUGCUGGCCAAGAACUGUCAGAAGCUUGUUAGUGACAUUGAUUACCGCCGCUACCUGCAUGAAUGGACGUGUCUCCCUGACCAGAAUGAUGUCAUCCAGGCCAGGAAAGCGUAUGAAUUACAGAGUGACGCUGUUUAUAAAUCCGACUUGGAAUGGCUGCGUGGAAUUGGCUGGAUGCCAAAUGACUCUGUCUCUGUCAAUCACGUCAAACACGCUCAGGACAUUUUAAGUGAGAGACUGUAUCGCACAAAAGUUGACAAACAACCGUUUACACCAGUGGCUGACAGGGUUGAUUAUAUCACAGCCAAACAAGGCGGGGAAAUACUAAGUGAUAUUAAGUACCACCAGGAAUGGAAUAACAUCAAGACAAACUAUACGCUGACAGACACGCCACAAUUAGAUGCAGCUAAAGAAGCAGCCAGGAUUCUUAAUCAUCAUCUGUACAAGGAGAAUUGGGAAAGAGAGAAAGCUACUGGUUAUCUUUUGCCUCACGACAGUGUGCCUAUCCGCCAUGCCAAGCAUUCAAGUGAUGUCCAAAGCGAGCUGAAAUACAAGGCAGACUAUGUCCACCAAAGAGGUCACUACGUCGGUGUCAAUAAUAUGAGAGAGGACCCGAAACUGGUGUGGUUUGAACAUGCCGGCAAGAUCCAGAACGACAGAUUGUAUAAACAGGCGUAUAACAAAACCAAGUCCAAAAUUCAUAUACCUCCAGAUAUACUGUCCGUCAUUGCAGCCAGAGACUGCCAGCAUGUUGUCAGUGAAAUUCCGUAUCGCCAUUACCUUCAUGAAUGGACUUGCCACCCUGAUCAGAAUGACUGCAUCCAGGCAAGGAAAGCAUAUGACCUUCAAAGCGAUAAUAUUUAUAAAUCUGAUCUGGAAUGGAUCCGCGGCUGUGGCUGGAUUCCCUUAGAUUCAGUGGAGCAUCGGAAAGUGAAGAACGCUCAGAACUUGAUUGAUAAGAGACUCUACACAAAAGAGGCUAUUAAUAAUUUUGCCAAUUUCACACCUGUGGAAGACCCUCCAGCUAUUGUUCUGGCAAAGGCAAACGCAAUCAAUCAGAGUGAUCUGAAAUACAAAGAAACCUUUAACCUUGAAAGAGGUCACUACAUUGGUUCUGAUGACACUCCAGCCCUGAGCCAUUCUAGAGAUAUGGCUAAACUGUACAGUGAUAACCUGUACAAGGAUUCAUGGGAAUCCACCAAGGCCAUUGGGUACACUCUGCCUCCAGACUACAUCCCUAUUGUCGGUGCCAAACAUGCCGAUUACAUUAACAGCGAGCUCAAAUAUAAAGAAGUGUAUGAGAAGCAGAAGGGCCAUUAUCUGGCUGGGACACAAAUAAAUGAUUUCCCAAGUGUUGUCCAUUCUCUUGCUUUCCAAAAAAUAAGGAGUGCGCUGGCCUACAGGAAGAAUUAUGAGGACACCAAGGCACACAUUCAUAUCCCGAGCGACAUGAUAAACCACGUGUUGGCUAAGAAAUGCCAGUACAUCCUUAGUGACCUCGAAUACCGAACUUACCUCCAUCAGUGGAACUGUUCGCCUGAGGAGCACGAUGUUAUUAUGGCUAAAAGAGCCCAGGAAAUUCUAAGCGACGUUGUGUACAAGGAUGACUUAACAUGGCUAAAGGGAAUUGGAUGCUAUGUGUGGGACACACCUCAAAUCCUGCAUGCUAAGAAGUCUUAUGAUCUUCAGAGUCAAUUGCUCUACACAAAAGCAGGAAAAGACAAUUUACAGAACUACGGUGUGGUUAUGGACACUCCAGUUUAUGUAACUGCUAUUGAGAGUGGUAUCAAUGCUAGCGACGUGAAAUACAAAGAACAAUACCAUAAAAUGAAGGACCAAUAUACCACAGUUUUGGAAACAGUUGAUCAUGAUAGGAUUCAGAACCUCAAGCACCUUUUCAGUAGCAACCUGUACAAGAACGCCUGGGAUAAAGUGAAGGCCACUGGUUUCACAUUGCCUCCCGAUGCUGUGCCAUUUGUCCGUGCCAAAGAACUGAAGCACAAUGCCAGUAUUGUAAAGUAUCGAGAGGAGUAUGAUCGGUUUAAAGCACUUUACACUCUACCCAGAGGGGUUCAGGAUGAUCCCAACACUGCCAGAUGCCUAAGGGUUGGCAAGCUGAAUAUUGAUCGCUUAUAUAGAGAAGGCUAUGAAAAGAACAAGGCCAAAAUCCAUAUUGCACCAGACAUGGUGGACAUAGUGUCAGCUAAGAGUACUCAGAAGAAAGUCAGUGAAAUCGAUUAUCGCAUCCGUCUCCAUGAAUGGGCCAACAUCCCAGAUCUUCAUGCCAAUGCUCUUGCUCGGAAAGUCAACGACCAGCUGAGUGAUAUUGUGUACAAAGAUGACCUCAACUGGCUCAAAGGCAUAGGUUGCUUUGUCUGGGACACCCCUGAAAUUCUCCAUGCCAAACAUGCCUAUGACCUUCGUAAUGACUUGAAAUACAAGUCAAAGGCCAAGAAAAUGGAAAGCAACUACACCGUGGUCACUGACACACCUCUCUAUGUUCAGAAUGUCCAGAGCGCCAUGAAUCUGAGUGAGGCCGUUUACCGCCAUGACUAUGUGCACAAUGUCAAAGGGAAAUACACUCCAACAGAUAAGACGGUGGAUUUGGAGCGGGCAACUCAUGCUUACAGGAUACAGAAUGAAGGUCUCUACCGAAAAGCUGGCUGGCAUGCACUUCCCACUGGAUACAAACUCCCACCAGAUACCCCUGGUUUCAAGCAUGCUAAACAUGCCCAAUACCUUGGCAGUUAUCUGAAAUACAAGGAAGUCUAUGAACACAUCAAGGAUAAAGGUUACAAUUUUGGACCCAAAGCUGUUCCAUUUGUAAACAUAAGGAAAGUCAACAAAAUUCUCAAUGAGAGGCUCUAUAGGGAAGUAUAUCACAAAAACAAGGAUAAGAUUCAUACCACGCCCGACACACCUGAAAUUCGCCAAGUGAAAACGAACCAGGAAUCCAUCAGUGAUCUGAUCUACAAGACUGACUUCUUCAAGAUGCAGGGGCACAUGAUUUCCUUGCCAUAUACUCCGGAGACGAUACAUAACCGUUACGUUGGAGAGAUUACAAGUGAUGUUAAAUAUAAAACUGAUCUGCAGUGGCUGAGAGGCCUGGGCUGCUUCCUCUAUGAUACCCCUGAUAUGGUCCGUUCUCGACAUUUGCGCAAGCUCUGGUCUAAUUACGUCUACACUGAAGCUGCAAAGAAGUCACAAGAUAAAUAUCGUGUGGUUCUGGACACUCCUGUGUACAGGACCGUUCAGGAGCUGAAGACCCAUUUGAGUGAUCUUGUGUAUAGAGCCGCAGGCAAGGAGCAAAAGACCAAGUACACAUCUAUCCUUGAUACACCAGAUUUCAACAGGGCCAAAAGAGGGCAAAAACUACAGAGUAAGUACUUGUACGUCGAACUUGCAACCAAGGAAAGACCCCAUCACCAUGCUGGGGAUCAGACACCGGCCUUGAAACUUGCUAAGCAUGUGAAGGACUUGGUCAGUGAGAAUAAAUACAAAUCCCAAUAUGAGAAGCUGAAGCACAAGUAUGUAACUGUCGCUGACACACCAAUCCUGAUUAGAGCUAAGAAGGCCUACCUGAAUGCCAGUGAUCUGCGCUACAAAGAAACAUUUGAGAAAGCCAAGGGUAAAUACCACACAGUGAAAGAUGCCUUGGAUAUUGUGUAUCACCGCAAGGUCACUGAUGAUAUCAGCAAAGUGAAAUACAAAGAAAACUACAUGAGUCAAUUAGGAAUCUGGAGAUCUAUCCCAGAUCGACCAGACCAUUUCCACCACCGUGCUGUCACCGAUGCAGUCAGUGAUUUUAAAUAUAAGGAAGAUUUAACGUGGCUCAGAGGCAUUGGCUGUUAUGCAUGGGAUACUCCUGAUCUUCUUCUUGCAGAAAAGAAUAAGACGUUGUACAGUCCGUGUAAAUACAAGGAGUCAUUUGAGAAGAUAAAGUCCAAGUUCAAGUAUGUUGCUGACAGUCCAAUUAAUAGGCAUUUUAAGUAUGCUACUCAGCUGGUGAAUGAGAAAUUGUACAAAUCUGAUUAUGAGAAGAAGAAGGAUAAGUAUUCCCUUGUGGUGGAUGACCCUAGAACCUUGCUGGCCAAAUUGGGAGGCGAACUAAGCAGUCAGAAAAAAUAUAAGGCUAGUGCCAAGUUGUUCCUGCAACAUGGAUGUAAUGAAAUUCUGCGACCAGAUAUGCUGACAGCAUUGUACAACACAAUUCAGGAGAGCCAGUACAAAUACAAACAGCUGUAUGAAAAGCAGAAGGACAAGUUUACAUCGAUUGUGGAUACUCCGGAACACCUGAGGACGACGAAAGUCAACAAGCAAAUCAGUGAUAUCCUCUACAAACUGGAAUAUAACAAGGCCAAACCAAAGGGAUAUACCACAAUCCAUGAUACUCCCAUGUUACUCCACGUACGGAAGGUCAAGGACAGAAUAAGCGAUCUGAAAUACAAAGAAGUCUAUCAACAGAAUAAGUCUCACUGCAACGUUGUACCGGAUUCCGUUCAUAUCAAAGCUGCCAAGCAGGCCUACAAAGUAAACAGCAAUCUGGAUUACAAGAAGAAAUAUGAAGCUGCCAAGGCUCACUGGCACUGGACUGUGGACAGACCGGACUUCAUCCAAGCUGCCAAAUCAUCUUUGCAACAGAGUGAUUAUGAUUACAAAUAUGACCGAGAGUACUAUAGAGGAUGCAAGCUAUCCGUAACAGAUGACAAAAACACAGUGUUGGCUUUGCAGAAUGCAAUCUUGGCGAGUGAUUUAAAAUAUAAAGAGAAGCAUAACAAGGAAAGGGGAACUAUCCACCCAGUUCCAGAUACUCCUCAGAUCCUUCUUGCAAAGACUGUUAGUGCUCUCGUGUCUGAGAACAAAUACAAAGAACAUGUUAAGAAGCACCUGCCACAUGGCUCCUUUACAAAAUUGCCAGAAACACGAGACACUGUUCAUGUCAAAAACGUCACCAAGAACGUCAGUGAGACAAAUUAUAAAAAGAAAUUCCACAAGGAGAAAGGCAAGUCAGACUAUUCAAUCAUGCUGGAGCCUCCUGAUGUGAAACACGCCAUGGAAGUUGCAAAGAAUCAGAGCACUAUCCAAUACAAAAAGGAUGCCAAAUCCAAGCUCCAUUACACUAGUGUGGCGGAUCGCCCUGAUAUUAAGAAAGCCACCCAAGUCUCCCAUUUAGUCAGUGAUAUUGAAUAUAAAGCCAAAGCUCGUGGAGAAGCUGGUAUGGGAGUCAGCAUGCUUGGACGUCCAGAUAUUGAACUUGCCAAGGAGGUGUCCAAACUUACAAGCCAGAUCAAAUACAAAGAGAAGUUUGACAAGGAGAAGGGCAAUAAGCCGCAAUACGACCUGAAGGAAGCCAAGAUCUACAAGACCUUAAAAGAUGCCCACCACAUCGCUAGUGAGAUUAAAUAUAAGGCGGACCUGAAGAAACUUCACAAACCAGUGACAGACAUGUCUGAAUCCCUGUCGAUGCAUCAUGUCUUGAACACCAGCCAGCUCGCCAGUUCUUACCAGUACAAGAAGAAAUAUGAGAAGAGUAAAGGUCACUACCAUGUGGUUCCAGAUAACCUUGAACAGAUCCAUCUAAAGGAAGCCUCAGAACUUCAGAGCAUAGUGAAGUACAAGGAAAAAUAUGAAAAGGAAAGAGGGAAGCCCAUGCUGGACUUUGAAACACCAACGUACCUCACGGCUAAGGAGUCUCAGCACAUGCAAAGCGAGAAAGAAUAUAAAAAAGACUUUGAAGAGUCCAUGAAAGGCAGGAACCUUACUGGCCUGGAGGUCACGCCAUCUCUUUUGCAUGUCAGAUAUGCCACCAAAAUAGCAAGCGAGAAAGAAUACAGAAGAGAUUUGGAAGAAGGUGUCAAAGGUAAAGGCCUAACCAUUUUGGAAGAGACCCCAGACCUACUCAGAGCAAAGAAUGCAACCUAUAUCUUGAAUGAGAAAGAAUACAAGAAAGCUCUAGAGAUGGAAAUCAAAGGAAGAGGCUUGACAGGCCAUUCCACAGAAACGCCUGACUAUAUGAGGGCAAAGAAUGCUAUGGACAUCGCUAGCCAGAUCAAAUAUAAGCAGUCUGCAGAAAUGGAAAAAGCCAACUAUACCACGGUGGUUGACACUCCAGACAUUAUCCAUGCCCACCACGUGAAGAACUUUUCAAGUCAGAAAAAAUAUAAGGAGGAUGCAGAGAGAACUAUGUCAUACUAUGUGCCUGUUCUAGACACACCAGAAAUGCAGAGAGUCCGGGAGAACCAAAAGAAUUUCAGCAUGCUCAGGUACCAGCAUGAUCUACAGGACAGCAAAGGAAAAGUCACAGUUGUACACGAAACACCAGAGAUAUUAAGAGUUAAAGAAAACCAGAAGAACUUCAGCACGAUUUUAUAUAAAGAAGAUAUUGGAACAGGAACAGCUAUUGAAAAGACGCCCGAGAUGCAGAGAAUUAAAAAAACCCAGGAUGCAAUAAGCACGAUUAAGUACAAGGAUCAAAUUGGAAAAGGAACUCCCAUUUCUGAUCUUCCUGAAGUAAAACGUGUCAAGGAGACACAGAAGCACAUCAGCUCGGUUUUGUACAAGGAGAAUGCAGGGCAAGGAACCCCGAUACCACUUACUCCAGAGAUAGAGAGAGUCAAACGCAAUCAAGAACACAUUAGCUCGGUGUCCUACAAAGAAAACUUGGGGGCAGGAACGGCAACUCCUGUUACCCCAGAAAUGGAGAGAGUCAAGCGUAAUCAGGAGAACGUUAGCUCGGUGUUGUACAAAGAGCAUUUAGGGACUGGAACCCCAACACCUAUUACUCCAGAGAUGGAGAGAGUCAAACGCAAUCAAGAAAACUUUAGCUUGGUGUUGUACAAAGAGAAUUUAGGGGCUGGAACUCCAACACCUAUUACUCCAGAGAUGGAAAGAAUCAAACGCAAUCAAGAAAACUUUAGCUCGGUGCUAUACAAAGAAAGCCUAGGGGCAGGAAUCUCAACUCCUGUCACGCCAGAGAUUGAAAGAGUCAAACACAACCAAGAAAUCAUUAGCUCGGUGUUGUACAAAGAAAACGUAGGGAAAGCAACUCCGACCCCUGUCACUCCUGAGAUGGAGAGAGUCAAACGCAAUCAAGAACACAUUAGCUCGGUUUUGUACAAAGAGGAACUGGGGAAAGGUACCCCGACGCCUGUCACUCCUGAGAUGGAGAGAGUCAAGCGCAAUCAACAACACAUUAGCUCGGUUUUGUACAAAGAGGGAUUGGGGAAAGGGACUCAGACACCUGUCACUCCUGAGAUGGAAAGAGCCAAGCGCAAUCAAGAGUUCAUUAGCUCGGUUUUGUAUAAAGAAAACUUAGGGCAAGCAACCCCAGCACCUAUCACUCCAGAGAUGGAAAGAGUCAAACGCAAUCAAGAAAACGUUAGCUUGGUGUUGUACAAAGAAAGCAUGGGAAAAGGAACCCCGACAUCUAUCACUCCAGAGAUGGAGAGAGCUAAACGCAAUCAAGAAAACAUUAGCUCGGUCCUCUACUCUGAUAGUUUCCGGAAACAAGUACAAGGUAAAGCGGCCUUUGUCCUGGAUACCCCUGAAAUGAGACGUGUUCGGGAGACGCAGCGACACAUUUCCACCGUGAAAUACCAUGAAGACUUUGAAAAGAGCAAAGGCAGCUUCACACCUGUAGUUACUGACCCCAUAACAGAACGUGUCAAGAAGAACAUGCAGGAUUUCAGUGAUAUUAACUACAGGGGCAUUCAGAGACGAGUUGUGGAAAUGGAGCGGAAACGGAUAGAUCAAGAUCAAGAAAUGAAUACAGAUCUUCGUGUGUGGCGUACUAAUCCUGGAUCAGUCUUUGACUAUGACCCAGCAGAAGACAACAUUCAAUCUAGAAGCUUACACUUGAUUACUGUUCAAGCCCAGCGACGUAGCCGAGAGCAAUCCCGCUCUGCCAGUGCACUGAGCCUCAGUGCUGGAGAUGAAAAAUCUGAACAUUCAGAGGCUGCCGAUCAGCACAUGUCCUAUUACAGCAAUGGAGGCUUCUUUACCACAACUACAUCAGUGGACUACAAACACGCUAAAACUGUAGAGCUGCCACAACAACGGUCAUCUUCUGUUGCUACCCAGCAGACAACAGUCUCUUCCAUCCCCUCUCAUCCAUCUACUGCAGGGAAGACGUAUCGCGCCAUGUAUGACUAUACUGCAGCAGAUGCUGAUGAAGUCUCCUUCAAAGAUGGUGAUGCAAUCGUCAAUGUCCAGGCCAUUGAUGAAGGCUGGAUGUAUGGGACUGUGCAAAGAACAGGCAAAACAGGCAUGCUUCCAGCUAACUAUGUAGAAGCUGUUUAAGCCAAAAUGGAGGCGAUAUUCCAUGAGACAUUUUGACAAGGUAAAUAAAAAGGCACCUCACAAAAUGGCUGCCUGAUAUAAUCCUUAAACACUUUCUCAGGUGCCUUAUUAUUUUCCCGUUGAUAUAUGAUAUAUGCAUUGCCUUUUACACAACAAACAUUCUCUCAUUCUAGUCAUCACAGAACCAGUGGGAAAUACCAACAUGGCAGCCUCCAUCACUACCUUGAUUAAAUGGACUUGUGUAUUGAAACAUUAUCUAAAAGAGAAUUGUUUGGCUCUCAGUUCCACUGUAUUGUCAACCUCUUUGUUUGGAAUCAAGCUCAUAGUCCAAACUAAUCUUACUCUUUUUUAAUGAAACAUCUAAUCUGUGUUGGUUUUAAUGCUUUUCUUAUCAAGAGAUGUUGUGUUCUCCUGUGAUAUUAUAAAAAUAGCCAAAUGUAUUUAUUUCUGUUUCAAGUAAGCAAUUAUGUAAAGCUAACAUCUCAAACCAGCCAAGCUAUAUGUGGGAAAGCCCCUCCUCUUGUCUGCUUACAGAACGCUGGUGCAUGCCUUAUUCAUCCGAGUGUUCUUUGGUCCUGGUACUCCCUCUCCAAGUGGUGACUAAUAAAUUUCACAGCUCUGCAAAUGUA